GCUGCGCAAGGCUGCUUGUUGUUCCCGCAGAGAGGCGAGAAGAUGGCGGCCGUGUCAAGCGGAGGCGCUGCUGGGACUCCCGCGGCCGGGAUAACGCACUCUGCCCGACCGACCCACGCCGGCAUGGGCCCCCAGAACCGAGUCCAGCCAUCCGCCGGGCUCAGCCACGCCAGUCGUCCGAGCGCCGCCGCCGGGUGCAUCACCAAUCCUGUCCAGACUUCGACCACCAGGCCCCCCCCUGCCCGAGUGGGCCACUACGAGAUCGAGCGGACCAUCGGCAAGGGAAAUUUCGCGGUUGUUAAACUCGCCACGCACAUCUACACAAAAGCAAAGGUGGCUAUAAAAAUAGUGGACAAGACCCAGCUGGAUGAUGAAAACUUGAAAAAGAUCUUUAGGGAGGUGCAAAUAAUGAAGUUGCUGAAGCACCCCCACAUCAUCCGUCUGUACCAGGUGAUGGAGACGGAGAGGAUGAUCUAUUUGGUAACUGAAUAUGCUAGUGGUGGAGAGAUUUUCGACCACCUGGUUGCUCAUGGGCGUAUGGCAGAAAAGGAUGCCAGGAAGAAGUUCAAGCAAAUUGUGGCAGCAGUUCAUUUUUGCCACUGCCGUAACAUUGUCCACAGAGACCUGAAGGCCGAGAAUCUUCUUUUGGACCACAAUCUAAACAUCAAAAUAGCAGACUUUGGUUUCAGUAACCUGUUUUCCCGAGGCCAGCUGUUGAAGACCUGGUGUGGCAGCCCUCCCUAUGCUGCACCAGAGCUAUUUGAAGGCAAGGAGUAUGAUGGGCCGAAAGUAGAUAUAUGGAGCUUAGGUGUGGUGUUAUAUGUGUUGGUGUGUGGCGCGCUACCUUUUGAUGGCAGUACUCUACAGAAUUUGCGAGCACGUGUCCUAAGUGGCAAAUUCCGUAUCCCCUUCUUCAUGUCUACAGACUGUGAGUACUUGAUCAGACACAUGUUGGUGUUGGAGCCCAGCAGGCGGUUGAGCAUGGAACAGAUAUGUAAGAACAAGUGGAUGAGACAAGGAGACCCAGACCCUGACUUUGACAGGUUGAUAGCAGAGUGUGAGCAGGUUAAGACCGAGAGGGAAACCGAACUCAUCAACGAGCAGGUGCUGAUAGUCAUGUCCGAGAUGGGCCUGGACCGAGAACGUACAAUACAGUCCCUACAAACAGAUGCAUAUGAUCACUACAGCGCUAUCUAUACUUUGCUAUCGGACCGUCUCAAGAAACACAAGACUUUGCGUGUCGCUCCACCCACUCCACGCUCCAUUAGCUAUCCCCUGAACACUCUACAGAUGGAUCCACAGGGUAAUCCAGUUAGCAUCACUGUUCCUCAUGUCCAGCUCAUCAACCCUGAGAACCAAAUUGUGGAGCCGGAGGGCAAUAUGGCACUGGACAGCGAUGAAGGUGAAGAGCCAUCCCCUGAAGCCAUGGCUCGCUACCUCUCAAUGAGGCGGCACACUGUGGGUGUACCAGACCAAAGGACAGAGAUGCAGGAGGACCUCCAGAAACUGCCACCUGGUUUUCCUCGGGGAGCAGUGCCUCAGCCCCCUUUUCCUCCGCUCUCGCCAGCAAUGGGACAAAUGCACACUCUCAUGCCAACCCAGAGCCUCCAGCCCACACAGCAGUUGGAAUACAAGGAGCAGUCGUUGCUACAACCGCCCACUCUGCAGUUACUCAAUGGUAUGGGACCCCUGGGUCGACGAGCUUCAGAUGGUGGUGCCAACAUCCAACUACAUGCUCAGCUCUUGAAGAGGCCCCGGGGCCCAUCACCGCUUGUUACCAGUCCACACCCUAUCCCUGCUGUCGCUCCAGUGGAUGAAGAGGGAUCAGACGGAGAACCAGAUCAAGAGGCAGUGCAAAGGUACCUGGCGAACCGCUGCAAGCGGCACACGACGCACGCACUCAUGAGCACAUCGCAUGGCGAUCCCUCGGCAGAGCCCCAGCGGUCACAGGGCCCCCGCCAGAGGGUGGGCUGGGCCCCUGACUUGCACACCCGAUCCAGUUAUAAAGAUUGCAACACCCUCCACCUUCCCAUGGAACGCUUCUCACCCGUCAGACGCUUCUCUGAUGGAGCCGCGACCAUUCAAGCCUUCAAAACGCACCUAGAGAAUGGUAGCCUCCUUAAGCAGCUCAAGCAGGAGUGUGAACAGCUACAGAAAAUGUAUGCGAUUCAGCAAGAUGAGCGCUUCUUGGAGCACACCCAGCAACAGCAUGUCCUCUACCAGCAAGAGCAACAAAUCCUCCACCAGCAAAUCCAGGGUCUAUCUUUAGGCCACGGAGAGAGCCAGCCCAGUCACCUAACCCACCAGCUCCAGAGGUUGCACAUCCAACCAUCCAGUCCUCCGCCAACACAUCCCAGCAACCACCUCUUCAGACAGCCAAAUCAGAGUUCUCCGCCUGGCUCUGCAGGCAUUAUGCAAGGGCAUGGUCCAUCUUCAGUCCCCUACCAACACGGUUCUCCCUCACUGUACCAGGCCCAAAGUGGUAGCCCACCCCCCACAGGUCUUCAAAGAGUAUCGCUACCAACCAAUCAGCAGUCAGCAUCUGUCCACCCGUCUGUCCCUCAGCAGCAGCAAGUGACGAUCCAGGUACAGGAAGUGGAAUUAGGAGGCGGGCAACAGAGACAAAGCGGCUUUUUGUCUACGCCUUGUGGACACAGAGUUCUUGGGAAGCAGUUGAGUGCAGACAAUGCGGAGUCGCACAGUCGAAGCCUUGGACGCUUCACAUCAGCUUACGAGCAGACCCAGUUCAAUCCCCACCUUUUUUCCGGUGAUGCAACCACCCGGGGCUCCCCUGGAGUGGUGAGCUCUUAUAACCCUUACCUGCAGGGAGCGUCUCUCAAUGUACCAGGAUUGGAAGGCUACCAGAGCGGGACAUUGGGAACCAGCGGUUACGGCACCCCAUCAACACUACAGCAAGCAUUACUCUCCCCGACUCCGUUGGACUACCGUCCCCCGCAACAGCACGUAACACCCACUCUGCAGGGGCUGCUGUCCCCCCGCCACUCUUUAACAGGCCACGCGGAUCCCAGACUACCGCUUCAGGACCUGGCUGCACUGCAGAAAAGGCAGAUCCCUCGUUCAUGCCCAGCACCUCCGACACAACCCGCUAGCGCAGCACCGGAAUUCGAAGAGAUGCUGCUUCUGCGCCAGCUUGGCCAGGGUGACAGUUUGGAACCGCAGGCAACCCAGGGGUCCCCGGGAGGCAAACACUACCAUCACCUCCUCCAGAUACGACCACCAGACGUCCAGCCACAGCAAGCCACUAAUCCCAGUUUGCCCCACUCGGAGAGCAUGGAAGAAGAUGAGGUACCAUCUGGCUACCAUCACACACACGAGGGCCUGCUGGCCAAAGCGGCAGACGGUCAUGAGCUCCUGAGUCCUCCUCGAGGUGGCACCCCUCCCUACAGCUCCCCUACACACAGACAUGGAUACAUCAGUCUGAGUCCCCCAGUAACUCGAGACCCUGAACAUGCAGAGUGUAGACCAGCGGGGCAAGCCAUGGAGGUGCCUGAUCAUAAUGGUUUGGGCUUUUCACGAGGUCAGCAAGGAGAUGUGUACCGGUCCCGAGGACAACUCCAACGCCACCACACAAUCCAGACGUGUGAUGACGCAUACGACCAGACUGAGCCCAUGUCUGGGAUGAGCCUGUUGGCCGGGAAGGCCCUGAGUUCUGCUCGCAUGUCAGACAUUCUCAGCCAGACGUCACUGUCAGGAAGCCAGCAGCUGCACCAGCGGGAAGAGUCAGCAGUAUGUGACGUUGAAGGGGAGCUCCAUGCAGCGGCCUGCUAUCCUUCUUCCUGCACCACAGAUAUGCUCCUCAGCUACAAGCCCCCUGACCUGCAGUACAGCAUGGAGCAGGCCGGAGUCUAGCAAUGGAUGCAGUGUAUCCUAUGUACAGCGGUCCAUAUCAAGCACCCUGACUUGUUGACUUGAGUUUAGCAGCAUCAUGCCAAACCACCAUCAUUUGCCCGAGUGGGGAGUGGGGGGGGGGGCUCUUCAUCCAUCCAUCCAUCCAUCCGUCUCCAUCAGUCUCCUGGAGGCGGGGUCUGCUUUAGGAAGUUUGUCCGGAUGUUGACAUAAAAGUGGUGGCGUCGCAGUUUCAGGGUUCAAAGGGUCAAAGUGCCAGCAUCUCCUGCACAAACUUCAAUCUUUUUUUUAAUUUUUUUUAUUUCUUUUACCUCCCUUGAGUUUGGGUUUCACCUCCAUUUUGUUCUGUCACCCUCUCCCGGGUACAUCAAUAUGCGAUGGAUCCAGUGGAACACAAAGAAAAACACACCGCUGCGACGGAUCCAAAGUAUUCACAUUAUUAGAAUUGAGAGAAAAAGGUGUCGUUACAGGGCACGCCCCCCCCCCCCCCCCCCCCCCCCCAUGCUUACAGACUAAGAUCAUUCCAGCCUCCAAAGACUAAGCUUAAUGUCAUCACUCAAGACAAACCAGCUUGUUUCUUCUGUUGGUCAAACUCAGUUGCUCCCUUUUUUUGUUCAUUUUAUUUUAUUGUCAAAUAGUAAUGUCCAUGUUCGACAUAACGGUCAAUAUUGUUACUCUUGGUAUCACAGUUUCUUGUAAAAAAAAAAAAAAAGUUUAUUGAAAUGACAUGUUGUAGAAAAAUGUUCUUUGUUGCAAGGAGGACCGUUUAAAAAAAAUAUAUAUAUCUGCACUUUGGACUCAAACCCACCUUUCUCUUUCUCCUUAUUCCCCCAUGAUGUCAUGCUAUGUUUUGGUUUUUUUUUUUUUACCCCCCACAGCCACCAAUUCCAUCUUUCCACCCCCCCCUCAUGUGUAACAGUUAAUGAACUUGUGGGUAGUUUUCCCAGACUUUCCUUGUACAGCGAUGCCGUGUAUAGAACGCUAUUUCCAUUUCUGUUAUUUCUUUAUUUUGUUUGUUGAUGAUGUUGAGGAGGCUUUUUUAAAAUAUUGUCAUUUUUAAUUUUUCAGUGUUUUCCAAAAGUUUGCUUAUUUUUUUGCUGUAUGAAUUUUGAGAUUUCCUGCCAAAAGAGGACAGAAAGAAAAGAAAAAAAGAGACAGGGCUCUUUCUGUGUCUUAAAAAAAAAAGAUUGUUCUUAUUUGUUUUAAUAUUAUAUCAAGACACUUGAAUAUGCGGAGAGUAAUUAUUUUGUUGCUUUUUAAAGUAUUUCAUUUGUUGUUAUUGUCAUUCUAUUGGCCUGUUUUCAGCUAGCUGCGGCAGGCUAUACAGGGUCAGGUUUUUGGCUUUGUUUGUCCCAGUCGGUUUGGGUGCUACAGACUCCCCACUCGGGGCGGGUGAACCAAACAAAAAACAUUACAAAGGGAGUAAGUUGUUACAGGAAGCAGACAUAUCAUCCCAAACGCUGCAAGGAUGGAGACUGACGACACCCUGUUCUGUGGCUUUGCACCCUUCCGUCAUCUGGAUAGAUGACCCUUCUUCCCGACUCAACCUUUUAGUCCGAACCUGGACUCUGAACUGAAAAAACCAGAACGGGAAACAUUUCAGCUUUACUGGAAAAGUGAAUUCUAAAUUGGACUCAGGAUUGGAGCAAAUGAAUUCCAAGUUUCGGGCACGUUUAUGGAAGCUACAACACACGAUUGUCAUCAACCUUUUCCUGUUACGUCACGGCAAACUAGAAACUGCGGUGCAGACUAAAGCUUGGGAUUGACUUGUAAAUGUUUCUACUGGCCCGUUUGCACAAUACCAGACUGCACGGUUGACUUACUGUAAGGCUUUGCAAAGCCGACUCUUGUCGGUGUCAUGUCGCGUUGAUGCUUUACAAUUUGGCGCUCCCAUCACUUCCUGUUUGCAAAGAAAGACUGAACAAAACACACGAUUUUACUAUACUGCUUUUCCGUGUGUACCGCCAAGCCAAAACAGAUAUGGAAGACCAUUGGAAAUGGGAUGUGACAUGAAAACAGGAAGUGGCAGGGUGGCCAAAUAGUGAGGCUUGCACAUGAUUCAAGCAGAGCGGGGAGGAGAGAGCUGCUUCACACACCAGACUGAUCCUACUCUUCUCCUUUUCUGUUUUUGGAUCCUAGAUGAUGCCCGUGUGUGUGCGUGUGUGUGUGUGUGUGUGUGCGUGUGUGUACUCCUCAUCUCAGCUUUUCCUUCUCAGCAAGCCGGCUCUCUGCUCCACUCAGUUAUGUCAUCAUUUUUUUGCCUUUGUUUUUAAUUUUCAUUUUUGUUGACUACAAAAAUACUAAAGUGCAACAACAAUGAUUAAAAGAAUAUCAACCAAACAAAGAUGAAUAAAUAAAAAAUAUAUAGAUAUAUAUAUAUAUAUAUAUAUAAAUAAAGAAAUAAUUUAAACUCA